GAUGCUAUAUAGCUCACCGCACCAUAGGUAUAGGUAGCCAGAGAGAGCAGCAAUAAGUCGUUGAGCUCCAAGAUGGCAGCCGCUGCCACUACCACGCCGAGCACCACGCUCACCAUGAAACUACUCGUCGAUCCCAGCCCGCUGCGCUGGCGCGUGGUGUUCGCGGAGGCCGGCAAGGACACGGUCGACUUCCUCUUCUCCCUCCUCGCCUUGCCGGUCGGCACGGCCGUGAAGCUGCUGGGGAAGGACUCCGUACUCGGCUGCAUGGGGAACCUCUACAGCAGCGCCGAGAGGCUCGAGGACCCCUACGUUCAGCCCGGCAUGGCCAAGGACGCGAUCCUCUGCGCCGCCAUGGUGCGGCCCCCCGCGGCCGUGCGACCCAACAGCUGGGUCUUCCCGGCCUUGCCAGAGCCGGCACCGGCUCCGGCGCCGGCCCCGAAGAAGUUCUUCAACUGCGGCAGGAGCUACUACAAUUCCAGCUGCGGCCCCUACGUGACGGAGGUGAUGGGCACUAGGUGCCCCAGCUGCGGCAACUCGAUGUACAGGGAAACCAAGCUUAUCGGGUCGCCGGAGCCAGUAGCUGCCGAAGAACCGGCGAGGAAAGGGUUCGUGCAGGGCGGCAUGGUGGCGUACAUGGUGACGGACGACCUCGUGAUCUCGCCCAUGUCGAACGUCUCGACCAUCUCGCUGCUCAACGCCUGCGGGGUAAGGGAUUUCGGAAAGCUCCAGGAGAGGACCGUGCAGAUUGGGUACAAGGAGGGUUUGGAGAUUCUCAGGACGUCGCUGCAGUCCAAGACUGUGCUCACUGAUGUUUUCCUUGGCAAGAAGCCGCCUUCCGCUUCGUCGAUGAAAAACGGCGGCAUUACCCCUCAGUUGAGAAACGGCACAAGACAUGACUCUGUCAGCUGGCGUGCGUGAGCCAGCCAGCCUUGAAGCGUGCGUGCGUACGUGUAGCUUGACCUAUGUUGGGAGCGAGCUAGCUUGCAUCAGGUUUGCAUUGUCGUGUAAUUAGGGUACUAUUAACCGGCAAGAAGAUCUUGUUAUAUCUAUAUUAUAAUAUAUAUAUAUAUAAUAUUAUAUAUA